CCAAACAUACGGGUCCGUUUACGAUCUCUAUCGUCUCUUCAACCCGUGACAGACUCCAAAGCGAAGGGAUUGAUGACGACAAUAAAGCACCACGCAAUUACGAUCCAGCACGACCAAAGAAGACACUGAAUCAACGACAAAAUCAACAACCCCUCUGGCUCUAUGCAAAAUGCUGGCCCUUCGUGACGAGAACGCGGUCAACGCAGCUCAAGCUGCUCGCCUUGCUCCCGGAAAAGGGCAGCUGGCUCCCAAGACCCCUGGAGCCCGGUACCCAAAGACGCCCUUGAAGAUUCCUCUCAACGACGAGAACGCUGUCGGAGGCGCCAAAUCUGUGCUCGCCGCCAAGUCUAAUGCCAACGGAAACAUUCAACUCACGGCAAAGAAGCAGAACCUCGUCACUCCUUCUGAGACACGAGCUCGGGCACCUCUCGGCAACAAGACCACCAAUGCAAAGGCUAGAGCCACCCAGAACACCGGAGGAAAGGAUGGCGAGAAAACGCAGACGAAACCUACGACGACCAAGAAGCUGAAGCAGCGGUCUCCCAGUGUCGGCCCUCUUAAGCUUGAAGUCCGAAACGAUCAGGCUGGUCCAGCCGAGGAGCCUGAUGUCGAGUACGCACCUCCUACCGUCAAGGACUUGCCUUACGAGUCGGAUGUCCUGUCGAAGGAAGAUCUGACAUUCGAGGGACUCAAACCCGAGAACAUGUUCAAGGGAUACUACAACCACUUCUACAACCCCAUGGGCGAGGAUGGAGUCAGACUUCAGGACAGGCAGCACCAGGAAAGGCUUCAGAAGGCUCUCAAGGAGAGUGACGAGCGUAUCCUUCGAGACAUUCAGGAAAUGGACUGGUCCGUCUCGGACGUUCCUGAGACUUCCGCCAUUUCCCAGCGAAAGGCACCAGCCCCGGCUCCUAACCCGGCCGUCACCAGAAAGGCGGUUGGAGGUGCUCCCAAGUACCCGCCCACGAUUACCUCUAGAAGAGCUGCGUCUGCUCUGUCAAUGUCCACCGGCAACACCAUCAGACAGAAGAAGGUUGUCGAGCAGAAGCCCACGGUCAGAAGACCAAUCUCUUCUAUCCUUCCGAAGACCAGACCUAACAGGCCUGCCGUGGCCCCAAAGUCUUCGGUCGCUGAAAGUGCCAUGGGAGAAGCCGUGUCGAGAAACACAUUGGGCUACACAAAGGGUCGCUCAGCCUCUUCCUUUGUUAGCGGGCGCCCAGCAUCCGCCGCUGCGGCUCGGUCGGUCUCGACAGAUGCGAAAACGACCCUAGCUCCAAAGAUGACUAUGAGACGUGACGCAUCCCCCCAGAAGCAAAGACAGGAGGCUCGGAACGACAGCGAGGAGCUCGGCAAACUCCAAUUCCUAUCCAUUUUCGAUCCCGCCGGGGAUGACGAAGAUGAUGGCAUCGGCAGCGCGGGUCCACGAAACGAAGAGUUCGAGGACGAUGAAUUUGAGAUGAAGUUGACAUUCUAA